ACGCGCGGGCGGAAGAUGGCUGCCGGGUUCAAAACUGUGGAACCUCUGGAGUAUUACAGGAGAUUUUUGAAAGAGAAUUGCCGUCCUGAUGGAAGAGAACUUGGUGAAUUCAGAACCACAACUGUCAACAUAGGUUCAAUUGGUACUGCAGAUGGUUCUUCUUUGGUGAAGCUGGGAAAUACUACAGUAAUUUGUGGAAUUAAAGCGGAAUUUGGAGCACCACCAACAGAUGCCCCUGAUAAAGGAUAUGUUGUUCCUAAUGUGGAUCUAUCACCUCUGUGUUCCUGGAGAUUUCGGUCUGGACCUCCUGGAGAAGAGGCCCAGGUGGCCAGCCAGUUCAUUGCAGAUGUCAUUGAAAAUUCACAGGUAAUUCAGAAAGAGGACUUAUGUGUCUCUCCAGGAAAGCUUGCUUGGGUUCUAUACUGUGAUCUCAUUUGCCUCAACCAUGAUGGAAACAUUUUGGAUGCUUGCACGUUUGCUUUGUUAGCAGCUUUAAAAAAUGUACAGUUACCUGAAGUUACUAUAAAUGAAGAAACUGCUUUAGCAGAAGUUAAUUUAAAGAAGAAAAGUUAUUUGAAUAUUAGAACUCAUCCAGUUGCAACUUCCUUUGCUGUGUUUGAUGACACUCUGCUUAUAGUUGACCCUACUGAAGAGGAGGAAAACCUGGCAACUGGAACCUUAACAGUAGUAACGGACGAGGAAGGCAAGCUAUGUUGUCUUCACAAACCAGGUGGAAGUGGACUGACUGCAGCUAAACUUCAAGAUUGUAUGAGCCGAGCAGUUACAAGACACAAAGAAGUAAAAAAACUGAUGGAUGAAGUAUUUAAGAGUAUGAAACCCAAAUAAACCACCACCACAUUUUCAAAACAGAUUUGUAAAAACUGUAUUUGUUACACUGUGCACAAACCUUUUAUACUAAAUAAAUAUCAAACUACAUUCUUCU